AUGGAGUUGAGACCUGGGGCGAAGGAGUGUAUUGAGAAGUUGAGAAGCGCGGGGUUUAGGGUGAUUGGGUUUACGAUGGGGGAUGUUGAGAGGGUUGGGGGGUAUUUUAGAAACGCUGGGGUGGAGUUGCCGGAGGGGGAUCUGCUGAGUUGUGAUUCGAGUAGGAUUGGGAAGCCCGAUCCGGAGGCUUAUAGGCCACUUUUGGAGGAGUUGAGGAGAGAGGGUGGCAAGCCUUGGUUUGCUGCUGCGCAUAUGUGGGAUGUUUCGGCGGCGAAGAGGACUGGGUUCAAGGGAGCGUAUUGUUCGGUUUGGGAGACUGAGCCUUUGACGGAUAUCUUUGGGGAGAUGGAUGUGCUUUCUGAUAGCUUGCCUGAAAUGGCUGACAAGAUCAUCGCCGCAUCGAAGUGA